CGGUCGCAGCUCGAGCCGCCGCCUCUGCUCAGCUCAGCUCAGCUCAGCUCAGCUCAGUCGCCGCUUGAGCGCCGCGCUCUACCGUAGCCUUCCGGCAUUCAGGCUCCCGCCGCGCCUUUCCUCGCAGCCCUUCCGAAUCUCCUCCUCCUCCUCCUCUUCCUCCUCCGCCCCGCGCCCGCGAAGAUGGUGGACCGCGAGCAACUGGUGCAGAAAGCCCGGCUGGCCGAGCAGGCGGAGCGCUACGACGACAUGGCCGCGGCCAUGAAGAACGUGACAGAACUCAACGAGCCGCUGUCCAAUGAGGAGCGGAACCUGCUGUCUGUAGCCUACAAGAAUGUGGUCGGGGCCCGCCGCUCCUCCUGGCGGGUCAUCAGUAGCAUCGAGCAGAAGACCUCGGCCGAUGGCAACGAGAAGAAGAUCGAGAUGGUCCGUGCUUAUCGCGAGAAGAUCGAGAAGGAGCUGGAGGCCGUGUGCCAGGACGUGCUGAGCCUGCUGGACAACUACCUGAUCAAGAACUGCAGCGAGACCCAGUAUGAGAGCAAGGUGUUCUACCUGAAGAUGAAAGGGGACUACUACCGCUACCUGGCCGAGGUGGCCACCGGCGAGAAACGGGCCACGGUGGUGGAGUCGUCCGAGAAGGCCUACAGCGAGGCACACGAGAUCAGCAAGGAGCACAUGCAGCCCACCCACCCCAUCCGGCUCGGCCUGGCACUCAACUACUCCGUCUUCUACUACGAGAUCCAGAACGCGCCCGAGCAGGCCUGCCACCUGGCCAAGACGGCCUUUGACGAUGCCAUCGCCGAGCUCGACACGCUCAACGAGGACUCCUACAAGGACUCCACGCUGAUCAUGCAGCUCCUCCGCGACAACCUGACGCUCUGGACGAGCGACCAGCAGGACGACGAUGGCGGCGAAGGCAACAAUUAAGGGCCCAGGGACUGGCCGCGCACGCCGACGAUGCUACUACUACUACUACUACUAUUACUACUACUACUACUGCAGUCUUUCUUUUCUUUCCCAUGAGGGGGGGGGUCUGGGGGGGGAGGGAGAGGGAGGGAUGACCCUUCCCUGGGAGGAGCCCGCGACCUGUCCUGUCUUUGAUUGCCUCUUUGACAUUUUUGCCAAAAUACCACUAGUGGAAAAGUCAGGCUCGCCCGUGCUGGUGAGGAAGGGAGCAGCAGCCUCACGCCGGCGCACGGACUGUUCUCUAGACGAAUUGCAAGUCGAGCUUGUCUCUGUCUUCUCAUUUAACUUAUUGCUAGCUAGUAAGGGUUGGAAGAUGCAAGAGCAAACCGGAAACGGAAUGGCCCUCGUCCACUGAGUUCUGUGGUUCCAGUAAGGAUUUUGAUGUACAUAAUGCUCUUGUCUUUUAAGUUGUGGGGUUUUUUUUAAUCUCAUCUGUUUGAGCUGUGCAUUUUCUUUUUAAAUUUUUUUAUUUUGUAGGGGGGUUACUCGUACCAGGCAUGGAGUAGUUUUAAGAAUCCCAGUCGGACAGACUUAGAACCUAAGAUACAUGGAUCCUUAGAUCUUUAGGCCUCUCCAGUUCCUUCACAUCUCUGAUUAGGCAACAGUAUUAACACUAAAUUGCAGUUUACAGUAUUACUACAUUACAGCCAUAUGUCACCUCAAGCCAUCGACCGUGUUGUGUUUUUUUUCCUUGGGUCGUUCCUUAGCCUUCUUCAUCCUCCUGCGGCCGUACCCAGGUUGGCUUGGCUGUUCCGUCUCCUCGGCUGGCUGCUCAGCUCGGCUUCCUCGGUGCUUGGCAGGCGGCAGUGGGCACUUUGCCCUUCUUUCCUUUUCCUCUGUAAAUCCAUCACUGGAACGACCCAUCCAUCACUUGACUAUGAACAUUCAACACCACAAAAAAGGGGAGAAAAUUCAGGUCUGUAUGUCAUCCCUGUGUGGUCUCUGCCGAGCCUGCCGUGACCCUCAGCUGCCCUGGAACCUUCCCAGGGCCUCCCCUGUGGCCACAUCACUCGCGCUCUCUGCGCUUGAGUCUUCCUGCUAGGCUGUGGCCAUCACUGCUUGGUGGGGAGAGGGAUGAGGGGCCUGUUACAAGGGUGGCACAGCAUGCGGGGAUUCAGGUGCUAGACGCUCCCUGGGAGAAAAACCCCAACGAAAGGAAGGAAGCAAGCGAGCGCUCUGAUCAACAGCUGGUGCUGGAGCCCUGGGUUUGUGACCGGUGUCCCAUCCCACUACUCCCCCCUCCCCCAAACCGCCCUUCUGGGUCAAGGCAGCGAGCAGGCAGCCUCAGACCCUUCUCAGAGAAUUGAGACUCAUCUGAUUUGACUAAGACUUUAUAUAUCUUUCUUCCUCUUGAACUAGUUUAGCCCUAAAGCUUGGAGAUUGGCUUCUCUUGCACGCUUGGUGUGCCUUCUGGAGUGGAAGGAAAUGGACUUGCUCUGGGCACCCAUCUGUUUCCUCUGCGCCCCAAGCCCCCUGUCUCUCUCUUGGGGAACCCUCCUGUCUGAGAAUGAGCAUAUUGCUUGUGGGCUCAGCAUUUUUUCAGAGGUCAGAGACAGAGUGAUGUGCUGGGCCCUGGGGGGUUGCUUCCUGUGGGUCUGUUUUAGGAAAGGGAAAGAGGGAGAGAGAGGGAAGCUGACAUAGCAUUUGCUAAGGCCCCAUUGAGUAUCAUUUAGAGGGGAUAGGUCUGAUGGGAUCGAUGGGUCGUGAGCGGGGAGAAGGUUGUUCUGGGGUGUCAUCUCUUGUCUGCCUUGCAUGUUUCUCCUCAGCUGGGCCCUUCCUCGUGCACCAGCCAAAGGCCAGGGAGCCCACCUGGAGUUGGCCAGGAUGGAAGAGCUUGGUGGGGGGGUUGUUAAGCACUCCUUCAUCUUCAUGUCCGGCAAGCAGCGUCCAUCCGUCCUUUUGUAGCAUUUGGAAAGAAUUUACUGGAAUUACAAAACCUUUUUUUUUUUUCCUUCAAAUUUCAGCUUUGGCUCUGGCUGCUUUUUAGAACAAUGCAAGAUUUAAAAAAAAUCAUACCCGAGGGCUAAAAUUGAUGAGGGAAGCGGGGAGACUGGAUGUUUAAGCAGCUUGAAUGGUUCCUUUUCUUUUUAAAGAAAUGCACUUGCCUGUGGAAGUCUCCAGUGAAACCAUUACUCGAUCCUCCAUUACUCUGUGAUACAAUAUUGUGCAUGCUAGUGUUGUAUUUCUAUACAGUAGCUUGAAAUUUAUUAACUUAUACUGUAGGUGUUAUGUAUUCCAAUGACAAAAAAAAUUAAGUCUUCAAAUUUUUAAAAAAAAAAAAAGAUUUUUUUCAUUUAAGUUUUUUUCUUUUGGGAGUAAAGUUUGCUCUACCAAAUAGUGAUUGUAACCAAUUGAUCUGUUUUUGGAUGUUGCUAUAGUGACAUGCAGUUAUCUAUUAUGUUUUUUUUGGGGGGGGGGCAAAAGAAAAAAAAAACACCAGUGUUAGCUUAAUCUUAAUGUCUGGUGUUUGUCAUGGUGAAUUAUAACUAUUACAGUGCAGGAGAGCAACGAUUAUGUUCUCUGAAUGAGCCUUUGUGCUUUUUUGUCAUGUUAUGCAGUGAACUCUUUUUAAGGUCUAAUCAGUGAUUAUUUUUCCAACUCCGUGUUUCUCUAGGGAAUUAUUUCACACACGGACCAUUCUUAGCAGUUUUCCUCAGUGACGGAAGAUCAUGAAUGUGAGUCAUUAUGUAGCUGUCGUACAUUGAGCAAAUAAACUUACAGAUCUGA